CUCGUUGUGUGGAAGCCAAACCUGGUCCUCUUUUUGGAGCAAGAGAAGGAGCUCUGGGAUAUGAAGAGAAAGAAGAGAGUAGCCUUCCACCCAGUAGUUAUUAUGUGUCCUUUGAAGACUGUUAGGCACCAUCACCAGUGUGACCCAUUUGAGAUUCAUGCACUUCAUGUCCUCGGUGUUCCCUGCUGGAUCCCUCCACUAUAAGCUGUAUCUUCACAUGGCACCCAGAGUUUCCUGCCAAAGCUGUGCAUAGAAGCUUCUUUCCAAAACGUGGCAGUGGGUAGAUAUAAACAUAGUGCCCUUGACAAUUUACACUUAAUGAUAGACUGGAAAAAUGAUGGGGAGAGUGAAGAGCAUCAAAGAUAUCAUGGAGGACAUAUCCAAACUGAGACAACUGUCCAUAAUAUGAAUCUCACUGCCCAAAAUGAUGAAGAAUGUAAAACACUUGGGAAAAUAUCCCUUCUUAAGCCUGCUACUUCUGCAAAGCAGUGUCUUUCUGUAAGCAAGGGCUCAAAUCAAAUGGUGAAACAUACAUAUUUGGAGAACGAGAAUUUGGAAAAUCUGGAAAGUUGCCUAGUCCAUGCUGAAAAUAAUUAUUUGAACCAUUUUGAAAGUAGAAUUGGAUUGACCUUUGAGUCAAACAUUUCUGAAAAUCAGAGAUUUAAAAAUGAAGAACAAAGUGCUAAGUGGGAUUCAUUUGAGAGGUCCUUCACCGAGGAGUCGGCCCUACAAGAUGACCAGAGCAUUUUCAAUGAAAAUAGAAUUGCUCAAUGCAGUGACUCUGAGAACAAAUUUAACGAGGGUUCAAAUGUUAAUAAAUGUGUGAGGACUCAUUUUCCAGAGAAUCAUUAUGAGUGUGAUAAAUAUGUGGAAGUCUUUUAUCAAAGCUCCAACCUGAUUAUACAUAAGAGUAUCCCUAUGGGAGAGAAUCCUUAUAAAUAUAAUGAGUGUGGGAAAUCUGUUAACCAGUCCUCCAGUGUUGGUGAUUAUCAGAGAGUUCACAUGGAAAAAAACAUAUACAGAUGUAAUAAACCUGUGAACAUGUUGAGUCAAUCAUCAGGACUAAACAUACAUAACACAGCUGCUACUGGACAGAAAACUUACAUUUGUGAAGAAUGUGGUAAAGCCUUUGACUGGCACUCAACACCAUCUCAACACCAGCCAAUGCCUACUGGAGAGAAACCUUACAAAUGUGAAGAAUGUAGCAAGGUCUUUAUCCACCACUCACACCUUAUUCAACAUGACAGAAUUCUUCCUGGAGAGAAACCUUACCAAUGUGAAGAAUGUGGAAAGGCCUUUAACCAGCACUCAAUGCUUACUCGACAUCAGAGAAUUCAUACUGGAGAGAAACCUUACCAGUGUGAAGAAUGUGGCAAGGCCUUUAACCAGCACUCAAACCUUAUUCAACAUCACAGAAUUCAUACUGGAGAGAAACCUUACCAAUGUAAAGAAUGUGGCCAGGCCUUUAACCAUCACUCAAGCCUUACUCAACAUCACAGAAUUCAUAGUGGUGAAAAACCUUACAUAUGUAAAGAAUGUGGCCAGUCCUUUAACCAGCACUCAAACCUUACUCGACAUCACAGAAUUCAUAGUGGAGAGAAACCUUAUAUAUGUAAAGAAUGUGGCCAGGCCUUUAACCAGCACUCAAAGCUUACUGAACAUCUCAGAAUUCAUACUGGAGAGAAACCUUACAUAUGUAAAGAAUGUGGCCAGGCCUUUAACCGGCACUCACACCUUACUCGACAUCACAGAAUUCACAGUGGAGAGAAACCUUACCAAUGUAAAGAAUGUGGUAAGGCCUUUAACCAGCAGUCAAAGCUUACCGAACAUCACAGAAUUCAUACUGGAGAGAAACCUUAUAUAUGCAAAGAAUGUGGUCAGGCCUUUAACCGGCAUUCACACCUUACUCGACAUCACAGAAUUCAUAGUGGAGAGAAACCUUACAUAUGUAAAGAAUGUGGUGAUACCUUUAUCCAGCACUCACACCUGACUCGACAUCACAGAAUUCAUACUUGAAGGAGUCCUAACCAAAAUAAUGUGCCAAGGCCUUUAAGCAGUGCUAAAGUCUAACUUCUGAUCAGAGGAUGUAUACUGGAGAAGAUUUUGCAAACAUAAUGAAUUUGGCAAGCCCUUUAAUCAGAAGUCAAGCUUCAUUGACCAUCAGAGAAUUCGUAUUGGAGAAAAAAACCUUAGAAAUGUAAAGAGUGUGGUAAAACUUUUAGGAUUGCUCAACUCUUACUCAGCAUCAGAGUUCAUACUGAGGGGAAACAUUACAAAGGUAAAAGAAUGUCUCAAGCCUCUAGCUGGAACUCCCAACUUACUGAACAUCAUAGUUCUCAUCACAGGAUAGAAACUAAAAUACAGAGAAAUUUGCAGUGCCUUUAAAUGGAAUUCAAUCCUUAAUAUCCAAAAAUUCACACUAGAGUUAAACCCUACAAAUUUAUGAAUGAGGAAAGACCUUCAUUUUAAAUACACACAUUAGUAAACACUCGUGAGUGCAUAAAGGACAGUAACUUGAAAGAUGUAAAUACUUAGAAAUGUAUGUAACUGAACAUCAAAUGUCAAUAAAUGUCACAGAAAUCAAGUACAAAGCACUACGUCAGUCAGUCUAUUCAGAUAUUACAUCAGAAUACUCAUGAUAAGGAAUAAUAACAAAGUUAAACUGUUAGAAAUGUCUGUCCUGUUCUUCAAAAGAUUAAGUGGAUAGAUUUUUGCAUAGUUCUAAUUAAUAUCAAUAUGUGCUUUUUUUUAACAUUGGCCCUAUCUGAUAUUUGUGUCUAGCAAAUAUUAAUGUAUCUCUACUCUCAAGUCACUUCAGAAAAUACAUUUAUUUUUAGUACGUGUGAAAUUGUGUGACUGAUUGUUGCUUCCUCAAAGAUAGGAGCUCUCUCCUUCACUAGGUGGGACUCAUGAUAUCUAAUUAUCCAUGGAAGAUGAAGGACAAUAUAAUAUACAAUAUAUAAAGAAAAUCUAAAUGAAGAUACUGUUUGUGGUUAUAACAUUAAUGACGGUUGUCAUGAAAAAGGUGUUCAGAACAUCAGUCUUUUCCAUUUAUUAAAACUAAAGAACUUUCUGAAUAUUACAAAUAAAAUAUUUUACCAACUGGUAUUAGAGGAAAAACAAGUGGCAAUCCAGUAAAAUUCUGAUGUAUCCUCAUGAUAGCAAUAGUUAGAGAAUAUUAGUGGAUGUGGUUGAAAGGAAGAAAUCCUCACAGAUACCAUAAAGAGGGUAGCUGACUCUUCCCCAACAUAGCAUACAUCCACAUUUGUUGAGAAGGACCUCACACCUGAAAACUGUUGAAACCAUUACUCCCACAUCAUUAUAUCAGUGCUUGAAUGCUUUUUAAUGCUUAUAUACUGUAUUUUGAGCAAGGAUUAUAGAGGGGAUUGAAAUGCAUAACUUAGUCUAUGUGUGAACUUAAUAUAUUUUAAUUAAUAAAACACAAUGGUUUUUAUCAUGUUAACACGGAUAUGUAAUGAAUGAAGUGUUAUCUGACUACCAAUGUUAACCUAUCUCAUUUUAUAUAAGCUUGUAGGUAACUGAUGGUAUCUAUCACCUAUUUGGCAACAGAGUGGAAAUAUUAUCUAGUAAUCCGUUUUUGUCAUUGGCUUUAACGUUUAGAUAAUGUGUGAUUGUUUUUCCGUUAGUUUAUCUCUUGUAUCAUUUUCUCCUCCUUGGGACUAGUGGGAAAGUAUAACAGAUGUAUUAUAGAUUGUAUGUGGGUCUUAUUGAUCAACUAAGUGAAGUACUCCAUGACAGUGCUACUUAGCAUACAUUUUGUGUAGGCAGGAGUUUUGCAGGGGACUUUAAGUGACACAAGAGAAUCUUACUAGUGCAUUUCCUACACAACAAACUGCAGAGUCAGAAGUUAAUGUACCUCGUGAUAGGGCAUUCCCAGUCCACCCUUGUGAGCAAACAUUUCUCCUGUCUCCCAUGACUUUCCCCUUAUGUGUCCUUUAGAGAAGACUCCCACCGAGCUUACUUAAACCUAUUUUAGUUUGAAAGGCUAUCUGGACUUCUCCCCGGGACCCUAAAGCACUCUACCAUGGCCCCUAAUAAAGUUAUGUGCCCCACUUCAUACAUGUGGGUGUUGUUUUCAUGUUUCUAUCUAGUAAACAUACACUUACAACAAUGGUUUGUGUGUAAUAGAUACCCCAUAAGUUAGAGAAAUAUAUUCCGGUAGGAGUGACAUUGUAGCCCCAGUUAAGAGAAAGUACAGAGGAUGAAGAAUUGGCGUGAAUUCUGCAUGUGGAGAGGGGACACCUUUCCUGGGUUGCACAACUGACUCCCUGGAUUUAGAAAAAUAACUUACACUUUUUUAUUUUCCUGGAUAUCUGCAGAUCUCCAUUUCUAUUUAUCCCCAGUUUUAUUUCCACCUACAUAGGCAUCUCAAACGUUCUUCUUUGCCUGUGUUGUGGUGAGAAUGUCCUCACUGACCUUUUAAUUGAGAUUAGAGACAAGUAAGGCCAAUGGGUGUCAAUUCAGACAUUUAGCCCUGGCAUGUGGGAUGUAAAUAUAAGUAAAACACAAUGAUGGCAGCAUCCUUAGAGAGAAAGGUAAGACCUGUUGGAAGAAAAUGUGAAGAAUUCUUUUCAGUGUGGGUAGGGAACCUAACGUGGCUCCCUUUAGUCAUUCAAAAGACACAGUUACCUCUUGGUGGUGUCAUCUGAUGAAUAAAUGCAAUGGAAUAAAGGAAUUGGCAAGUGUGGUGGGUUCCUGAGGAGUAGGGAAGUCCUAUUUUAUCUUCAUGAUUUAACUGAAUUCCUGUGUGUUAGUGAGGACCAGAUGCUGUUGUGAUGACUCUGUUUGCCCAGGUCUAGAUGAGUGGCUGUGGAUGGAGGAAGGGUAUUCGAUGAUGCAGUCAUUUAGUGCAUAGCUUCAAAAUAUCACAUGGUAGAGUAGAUGUUGGAGAUGAAGAAGCCUUCUGGACAGUGGAACAGGCGGGCUCAGCAAGGUGUGGGCUGUGGUUUCACCAAAGCGCUAGAAUCCCAGGUAUAUAACCCCAACAUAGUUUGAAUCCACUGUAGAUGGGUAUCGUUUCGUGGAAGCUGAUGCACUGCUGUGGGGGACCUUCCUCCCUUUACCACGUGCCAUGAUGAGUGUAGCCCUGUGCCCUGGCUCUGUGCCAUGGAUUUCUCGGAGGAGUGGUUUAACAGUCAGUGACAGUGGGCAUUUCUGCUUCAAACAGUCUGGUGCAAGUGUUUAUUGACCGAUAAUAAAGAAGAUGGGUAUCUCUAUAGAAUGGAAUAUUAGCCUUAAAAAGGAAUGAAAUCUUACCGUUUGCAAUGACAUGGAUGGAGCUAGGUUAUUAUUGCUAACGUAAAGAAGUCAGAGAAGGACAAAUACCGUGUGUUUUCACGCAUACGUGGAAUAUAAGAAACAAACAAGCAAAGGAGAAACAAAAGCAGACAGGCAAAUCAAGAAAUAGACUCUUAACUAUAGAGAAGAAACUGAUGGUUACCAGAGUGGAGAUGGAUUUGAGAGAUGAGUUAAAGAAGUGAUGGGAAUGAAGAUGUGCAUUUGUUGUAUCGAGCACUGGGUGUUGUAUGGAAUUGUUCAAUCACUAUUGUACACCUGAAACAAAUAUGACAGUGCAUGUUAACUCACUAUAAUUUAAAUAAAACCUUUUAAAAAAUACUUUGGUGUUUACAGAUUUAAGAAAUUUUAUCCCUUAUGUUAACUUACGUUACACAAAAUACACCUUUGUAAACAAAUUGGAACGUUUUGUCUUUUCUCCCUGAUUCCUCCAGAAUUCAGAGUGUCUCAGUAACUAUUUUUAUAUUUUUUAAUGCCUGUAUAUAUAUGUAUACGUAUAAUUUUAGUAAGAAUCUGUUCUCAUGAUGACAAGACACAAACACUGUUUAUACAACCAUGGCUUUGACUGGGAUGUCAUAGCUGAGAAAGAGCUGCAUAGACUCAGAUACGACAAGACAGCUAUAGGGAACUAAGAUUGACUUUAUGGAUCAAAUAAGGCCCCCUUGGAAAUGCCAGCCUGAUACCUUGCUUAGGGAGUUCCCAGCAGCCUUACCAUGUGAGCAAGGAAGAUUACUUACUAGCAGGUGCAGGAACCUCAGGAUAUUUAGGGGACUUUCAUGAAGAGAGGAGUUCACUGAAAUCUGUAGUUACUGUCCAUAAAGUCUGGUGCACGAAAAUGGCAUGGACUCUGACCUGGAGAUGCUAUUAAAAGUUCGAUUUAGAGAUUCCUAAUGAAAAGUUCCUGCAAAACUGUUUUUAAAGUGUCUGUAGCUCAACCUCCGUUCUACCUGCAGUUAUGUAAAUAGUCAGGCCAAGUGUUUUUUUCUUAGACUAUUUUGUAAUCAAAUUAGUGUUAAUUUGACUAUCUUUGGUAAAAAUUUGUUUCAGUAACAUUUUGUAGAUCCUAGAUUUUAAUAGUAUUCAGUAUUAACUGGACUACAUCCUGAUUUCUUCUAAUGUCGACCAAUGCAUGGCUACAAGUCCCCAGACAUUUUGAGUUUCCUCUCACCUUCCUACUUGGAAUCAUUUGAGAACUAAAAUUUUUUUUUUUUUUUAAGAUUUUAUUUAUUUAUUUGACAGAGAGAGACAUAGCGAGAGCAGGAAUACAAGCAGGGGGAGUGGGAGAGGGAGAAGCAGGCUUCCUGCCGAGCAGGGAGCCCGAUGUGGCGCUCGAUCCCAGGACCCUGGGAUCAUGACCUGAGCCGAAGGCAGACACUUAACGACUGAGCCACCCAGGCGCCCCGAGAACUAAAAUUGACAUUUUUCCUGAAGCUCUGCAAACUUAAUAUGAAUGACUUGUAAAGAAAUUGUCGUAAUAGCUCAUGUAUAGACAGUCUUAGUACUGUGGCUCUGUGGACCACUGAAACACUACCAACGUAGUAUUUAAACUAUAAACCAGGACAAAAUGUUAGGUUUCCCCUGCCUGCCCUCACUCUAUCUUAAGAUGCUUGAAAUCUAACAUAUAGAAGUCUGCUCAGCUGGCUACCCUCAGAAAUCAGAACCUGCCUUAACAUUUGAUCUAAUCAUUAAUCGUAGUUCAUUUGUUUUCAUAUAAAUGCCUCAUUUAAUCACAGUACUUAAGCUACAGGGCUACCUUUGAAAAUACACCUGUAUCAUUGCCUUCUGAAACGAGUUUGGCCAAACUGCCCUAUUGGCAGGGUAAAAUGCUAGAUCAGUGACAUGAAGUAAUCUACCAGAUCAACAUGUAAUACUUGAAACUCCCAAGGAAGUUUUAGAUGGGGGAACUGAAGGAGCAGGACAAGCCUCUCUCUCCACCCACCGCCCCCUGCAAAAUGCCCCUUUGGAUCAUUGAAGUUGAAGGUACUUGAGAACCUGCAGGUUGCAGAGGACAUUCUACCCCUCCCCUGCCAUUAACAACCCAGAAGAAUCUAAAUUGGGCGGGGGGUGGUUCUUUCCAGAACAUGAGAGAUUAACAUGAAAAAGUUUAUCUCUGAACCAUCUUUAAGGUAAGACAAAUACCUAAAUACCAAAGAUGUGCUCUUAUUGCCCUGUGAAGUGUUUUCCUUUCCUGUGAAGCUCCUGACCGCCACCCCUUCUUUCCUUAUUUCAGGAUGACAUUUGUACCUCCUCUUCCCUGACAGUCUGGAACUUCACUUCUGUGUGGAUUUCCUGUCCAUAUACCUAUUAAAUUUGAUUUUUCUCCUGUUAAUCUGUCUCAUAUGAAUUUGAUUCUAAGUCCAGCUAGAAGGACCUUUGAGGGGACAAGAAUUCUUGUUCUCUGACGGGAUUUAAUUUAAUGCCUCAUUUCCUGGCAUCCUAUUUAAGUUAUAAAAAGGUGCUGUAGCAGUAGAAAGUAGUUGUACAGGAGUUGAUAUUUUUGAGCUCAGGUUUUGGCCCUAUUUCAGAAGGUCCUGUAUUUGUUUCCUGCUUAGAUAGUACAUUAUCAGUGUCUCCUUUAAAAGCUUCUGCGUAGAGGUUCCUGGGUGGUGCAGUUGGUUAAGCAUCUAACUCUUGGUUUUGGCUCAGGUAUGAUCUCGGGGUCAUGAGAUGGAGCCCUGGUGUCGGGCUGUCAGGCUGCAUGUGGAGUCUCCUUAAGAGUCUCUCCCCUGUCCUCUGCCUCUCCCCCACCCUGUGUUCUCUCUUUCUCUAAAAUAAGUAAAUCUCUUAAUAAAAGCUGCUAAGUAGCAAUCAAAAUAUGUAUCCCUCUCUAUUUAAUAGAUGGCUCCCUUGAAGGGGAUGCAUAGGUACACAAAUGAAGUAUCCGAGGGAUCCUCAUUUAGACCACUUGAGCAUUAAAAUCCUUUGUAUAUUCUACUUAUUUAGAUGCUUGCAGAUAUGUAAUCCAUGUGUAUUAAACAUGAGUCCCACCAGAUUGUAUGAAGGGGGUUUUCCAUCCCAUUUUUCCAGUUGUGAUGGUUUAUUUUCUGUCCCUGUUGGUUGACAUGCCAGCACUAGGUAAGGGAAUUUAGCUGUGAAAGAAUGUGCUAAUUAGGGUUUAAUCUCGCUGCUUCAGGUGUCACCCUGGAGAUGGUGGAUUGCGUUUUGUGUCUUGGUUUUCCCUGGAGUUAGCCUGGCUGAAUUCAAAGUGCUCAACAUGCUAAGUGGCUGAUUCUUCUAUGCUUCCCCUGAUGGAGCAACUGAAUUAUUUGUGUGGGAUGGCUGCCGGGUGCUGAAGUUGACUCUGCCACUCUCUACUGAGAGGAACUAAUAUCCUUUGUCUUGGCAUUCAUUCAGAAUCUCAUCUACAGAACGUGUCAAGGAUUUAAAUUGGUCACAUGGUGAAGAAUUUUAAGUUUCUUUUUUUUUUUUUUUAAGAUUUUAUUUAUUUAUUUGAGACCGAGAGAAUGAGAGAGACAGAGAGCACAUGAGAGGGGGGAGGGUCAGAGGGAGAAGCAGGCUCCCCGCCGAGCAGGGAGCCCGAUGCGGGACUCGAUCCCAGGACUCCAGGAUCAUGACCUGAGCCGAAGGCAGUCGCUUAACCGACUGAGCCACCCAGGUGCCCCCAGAAUUUUAAGUUUCUAAGAGGCAGAUGCAUCUGUGCUUCUCCUGACUUUACAGUGUUUUGUGGCCAUGCAGUAUUGUAGAAGAAAAUCAUCUUCUGGGACGCCUGGGUGGCUCAGUUGGUUAAACAUCUGCCUUUCGUUCAGGUCAUGGUCCUGGGGUCCUGUGAUUGGGCCUGCGUCAGGCUCCCUGCUCUCGGGGAGUAGGCUUCUGGUCCCUACUGACUUCCAAAUUGGAUCACUAUAGGAAGUUAUCUGUGCUGGUACCUCUGAAAGUAAGCCCUAGGAUCCAUAUUUGAUUUGUGUUUUUAUUUUUAUUUUUUUAAAGAUUAUUUAUUUCUUAGAGCAGAGUGAGCAAGAGAGAAUAAGGGGGGGCGGGGAGAAGCAGGCUCCCCACUGAGUUGGGAGCCCACCCAGGGCUGGAUCCCAGUGUGCUGGGAUCAUGACCUGAGCCGAAGGCAGACGCUUACCCACUGGAGUCCCCCAGGCGCCCCUGAUUUGUGUUUUUAAAUCAGCAAGAAUGAUUAAUUUGAUGGUGUGAAAUUGGAAAUGUGAAGGGCUUUCUUUAGUGACUGAGCAAAAUGUCUUAUCAUUUAUUGUAGCCUGUUUUCACUGUAUGUGCUUUGUUUAAUAUUCUAUUGAUGUGAAAAUCAAAUUGAUUGGAUUUAAGCAGAUAUGAAAUUGCUAUGUUACAUAGAAUUCAGCCUUUCAUUUACCUUAUUGUUUGAAUAAGGUGAUUGUGAACAAUUCUGUUGUCGUAAACGCUUCACAAAUAAUAGAAGUGGUGUAAUUUUGUGGCUUAAGGUGAAACUGGAAAAAACAGAAAAAAUUUAUAGACCCAUGAGGUCAUGUUAGCAGAUGUCCUUAAUAACUUCUGGUGUCACUUCACCUUAUACCCUAGAGGUGUAUUCCUUCUCAAAACACUUUGAAUCAGAAAAAUAUCGUUCUUCUUUAUCUGAGAGGUUUUAUGAGGUGUAUCCUGUAAUUAUAUCUGUAGGCUAGUGCUGAUUAACUACUUGUAAGCUAGUGGGGUCACAUGCCUAUGUCUUGAGCCUAGGCUACAUGUCCCUUGUCUGGAACAGCUGUGCCUGGGAAUAUAUGACCUGUAGUUUGCUUUCUUACAUCUGAACUGACAAGAUCAAUGCUGGCUUCAUUAGAUCAAUUUUGUGUUGAUCCUGCCAGGGAGCAUGAAUUUCUGUUCCCUUCAAGGUCCUUCUACCUGGACUAAGAAUCCAAUUGAAAUGAGACAGAUUAACAAGAAAGAUCAGCUUAAAUUUUAUAAGUGUAAGGAACCCUCACAGGCAUGGCAAUCCCAAAGGCAGUCAGGCAAAAUGAGGUAUUUAUGUCUUCCUGAACUAAGAAGGGGGACCAGGGAUUUUCAAGUGGAAAAACGUACUUCACAAGGCAUUAAGAAGAGUAGAUGUUUGAUACUUAGAUGUUUUCCACGUCACAGGUGGGUCACUCAGAUAAAAUUUGUCACUACUAAUAACCCAUAUUCUGUGAAGACCCCCAGGUUAGAUCCUUCUACAAAGUUAAGGGACGGUAAAAAGUUUCUCUUAAGCCAGGGCGUCAAUUACCUUUAGCCCAAAAGAAUGUUCAUCUUGGAGGGCAGCCUACCCUUGGUCCCUACAGAACAUUGCUAUGUGUGUCUCUGUAUGUAGACUUGUGUGUCAUGUUAUAUAAACUCAUAUAACCUUGGUUAAAACCUCAUUUCUUCCAUUUACUGGACGUUUGGCAAAAUACUCUCAUAAGAGAAAAAAAAAUAUGUUUGGUCUCAUAAAUUAUUUUGUUGUUUUGGUUUGUUUCCUUGCAUUAACUUACAAUACUACCUGGUUUCUAGUAAAUUUUUUUUUUUUUUAAGAUUUUAUUUAUUCAUGAGACACAGAGAGACAGAGGCAGAGGGAGAAGCAGGCUCCCCGCGGAGCAGGGAGCCCGAUGCGGGGCUCGAUCCCAGGACCCUGGGAUCAUGACCUGAGCCGAAGGCAGAUGCUUAACCGACUGAGCCACCCAGGCGUCCCUCUAGUAAAUGUUUAAAAAGGAUUGUUGUUGCCAUUCUUUGUGUUCUAGUAGCACGUAUAAGUUCCAUAAAAACAUUCCAUUCAAACUCAUCAAAUAACAGUAUUUGGGGAAACCAUUUUCUAGAAUUCUACAAUGUUCUCUCUUCUGUAUUGAGGACAAUACUGGGUUGAAAAUUAAAGAAUCCAAAAGAACUCCUAUUUCUCUUUUUAAAACAAAUGAGUCUUAUAUCUAAGUGACACCUGUUCACCUUUCUGGAGCCAAGAGAGAGCCCUGGGAUGUGAAGAGAAAGGAGCCUUACAUCCAGGUAGGUGGGAAUGAGUAAAGCAGAUGAUGCAGGUGAGGUGUAAUGGUCAAAGCGGAGAACACACCUGAAUGUGUGAUUUGGGAAGUGCUACUUGAAAUGAUUAUCUUAAAAUACAUUUGAACUGUGGUAUAAUUUAUACCUAAAUGCUUAUUUUAUUUAUUUAUUUUUAAAGAUUUUAUUUAUUUGAGAGAGAGAGAGAGCACAUGAGAGCGGGGAGGGUCAGAGGGAGAAGCAGGCUCCCCGCUGAACAGGGAGCCAGAUGCAGGACUCGAUCCUGGGACUCCAGGAUCAUGACCUGAGCCGAAGGCAGUCGCUUAACCAACUGAGCCACCCAGGCGCCCAAAAUGCUUAUUUUAUAUAGCAGUGAUACUCAGCAUAUUGUACAGCCAUCAUGGUCUUUCUCUGUAUGUUUGUUCGUGAUGUCGCUUCUCAAGGAUGAAGUACAGCCUUGGCAUUCUUUGUAGAAGUGGCAAUAUCUCUUAACAAAUUCUCUAGUGUCAUUUAAUGAAGCUCAUCCAUAAAAUUUUUAUUAGAACAUUUUAUGAUCGACUGUGAUGAAUUUUCUGUGCACAAUUUAUGCCACAUAACACAUGCUAAUGUGUCAAACAUUAGCAGAAACUAAACAAAGCAGAAAAUGCUUGCUUUUCUUGAGUGCCCGGUCUCGAUUUAAAACUAUCGUUAUAUGGAAGGAUCCUUGUAUAAUAGCGUAUCUGUUUUAUUCAGAAGUAUUACAGGUAACAUUUCUCCUAUUGUUUUGCAUUCAGUAAAACUUCAUUUGUAUUGAUAGUUUCUACAGCAUUAGUGAAUUGUGCUUUUGUUUUUUUAUCUGUUUUAUAGUUUUGGAUAACAAUUUUCAACUUAGGAAUUCAAAGACAAUGUAGGGUUUAAUUGAAAUAGGAAUCAGCCAUAUGUCAAAUGCCAAUAAAAAUAUGUGUGUAUUUGUUUGUACAAAUAUUACCUGUACAUUGUUGGUUCAUGACUUACCUUGUUUGUUUCUUUUCUUGGUUGGUUGUCACUGGUGGUUUUAUAUUGUGUGUUUAUCCUGGGUAAGUUGUUAUAUGGAAUUAAUGUCAUCAUCUAUUUGUGGAUGAAUUCAUAUUCUCUUUUGAAAGAAACACCUUUUUGAACUAAAGGUAAUUUUUUUAAAAUUUGUAUCUCUUCAGUUUUAGGUGUCAUUAUUCUUCAUUGUGGUCAAAAAUAUAUGCCACGAAAUUUACCAUUUUAACCAUUUUUAACUAAAGUGUUAAGUGUGUUGACAUUAUUGGAAUACCAAUUUCUAGAAUUACCUCAUCCUAUAAAACUAAAACUUAGUAACUGUUAAGUACCCACUUCCACAGUUGCGUCUGAGAUCCUGGCACCCUCUCUUUCUUUCCUUCUCUCUUUCCUUCCUUCCUUUUCAUGAGGUUCACAUUAGGUUUAGUCACUUAAAUGAAAUCAUAGUGUAUCUGUUUCUGUGACUCAUUUAUUUCACUUAUCACGUUUUAACCAUGUUGUAUAAAGUGACAGUAUGUGUCUCUUUUCAAGGCUGAUUAUUAUUCUAGUGAAUGUAUAUGCUACAUUUUCUUAUGCAUUCAUAAGUAUUUCUGUUGCUUUCAUUUAUUAUUGGCUUUUCUGAAUAAUGCUGCUGUGAAUAUCCCUGUGCAAACAUCUCUUGUGGAUUCCACUUUGAAUUGCUUUGGUUAUAUACUGUCAAGUGGGAUGGCUGGAUCAUAUGGUAAUAUGAUUUACAACUCUUUGAGGAACCCCCAUUCCGUUUUCCAUAGUGAUUGCUUCAUAUGCAUUUCCUCUAGCAGUGUAUAAGGGGUCCAAUCUCUCCUCAUCCUUUCCAGCACGUGUACUUUUUUUUUUGUUGUUGUUCGUGCUUAAUAGUGGGAUCUGGACAGGUGAGGGGUGAUGACUCACUGUUUGAUUUAUAUUUUUCUAAUGAAUAGUUAGGUUGAGCAUCUUUCCUGUGCCUUGUCCAUUUGUAUAUAUUUCUUGGAUUGUGCCCAUUGAAAAUUUUGUACAGUUACUAAUCAUGCUAGUUGCUGUUUGGUUGUCAUUGCAAUAGUUCUUUCUCUGUUCUAAAUGUUAAAUCCUUCUGCUCUAGA